AACCUGAGAUUCUGUUCAUACGAAAAAGGAAAACAGACAAAUAUGAACUGAACAUUUCAGAAAACUCAUCAAUCACAAAAGGUGAAGCAAGUGGCGUCUAGAUUAAGGGAGAUGUUCAACUAAUUCACUGAAAUGCACACAAAUUCCAACACUUUCCAUACGUGUUCAUCCAAAGCUUCAUGGGUUUUGUUCUUCAGUUACUAUUACUAUGUCUUGCCUGUUCGAUCUCAUCUCUUCUGUGUCAAGUUACAGAAUUUGUGAGCAUAGACUGUGGAGGAACAGGUAAUCAUACUGACCCAAAAACUGGGUUAGCAUGGGUUGUGGAUUCUGGGAUCAUUGGCCAUGGAACAUCAGUGGAGCUUGAGAACAAGAACGGGAGCUCGAUUCAGUAUCAAAGGCGUAGAGACUUUCCUAUAGACAACAAGAAGUAUUGUUAUACUCUAAAUACGAAAGAAAGAAGGCGGUAUAUAGUCCGCACAACCUUUUUGUAUGGAAGUUCUGAAAGUGAAAACACAUACCCCAAAUUUCAGCUAUAUCUUGAUGCAACUAGAUGGGCAACUGUCAGUGUUUUGGAUGCAUCGACAGUUUAUAUCAAGGAGAUGAUCAUCAGAGCACCUUCGAGUUCGAUUGAUGUGUGCUUGUGCUGUGCCACAACGGGUUCUCCUUUUCUAUCCACACUUGAGCUCCGGCCGUUGAAUCUUUCAAUGUAUGCUACUGAUUUUGAGGAUAAUUUCUUCUUAAAGGUAGCAGCCAGAGUUAAUUUUGGUGCUGCAAGCACAGAAGCCUUAAGGUACCCAGAUGAUCCAUAUGACCGAAUCUGGGAUUCAGAUCUUGCAAAAAGGCAGAAUUUUCUUGUGGGAGUGGCACCUGGUACGGUGAGGAUUAGUACAACAAAGGACAUAAACACAAAUACAAGAGAAUACCCACCAGUGAAAGUCAUGCAAACUGCAGUUGUAGGCACUCAAGGGACUCUCAGCUACAGAUUAAAUUUGGAAGACUUCCCUGCCAAUGCUCGAGCUUAUGCAUAUUUUGCAGAAAUCCAAGACUUGCCGAAAAAUGAAACUCGAAAGUUCACAAUGAAGGAGCCCUAUGUACCUGACUACAGCAAUGCUGUGGUGAAUAUUGAAGAAAAUGCCAAUGGAAGCUACACCUUAUAUGAACCUAGUUAUAUGAACGUAUCACUAUCUUUUGUCCUAUCAUUCUCUUUUAAAAAAACACAAGAUUCUACUCAAGGACCACUCUUGAAUGCAGUUGAAAUCAGUAAAUAUCUACCAAUUGCAUCAAAGACCGAUAGAAAAGACGUGAGUGCUCUUAGUGCCUUUUGCUCGAUGCUUGAAAUCGGGGAUUUGAUUGAAGAAGGGGAUCCAUGUGUCCCUGUUCAGUGGGAAUGGGUGGCUUGUAGCUCCAAUACUCCUCCCAGAAUCACCAAAAUCGUAUUAUCAGGCUCCAACUUGGAUGGUGAAAUUCCAUCGGGGAUUAAAGACUUGCAAGAGUUGACAGAGUUGUGGUUAAAUGGGAAUUCCCUCAAUGGAACUAUCCCUGAUAUGAGUAACCUUGAGAAAUUGAAAAUUAUACAUCUAGAGGACAACAAGCUGACUGGUCCUUUACCAUCUUAUUUUGGUAGUUUGCCAAACUUACAAGAACUGUAUAUACAGAACAACUCUCUGAGUGGGGACAUUCCUCCAGCAUUAUUAACCGGGAAAGUAAUAUUCAACUAUGAAGGUAAUCAUGGUCUACGCAGGCAUGCAAAGCAAAAGUCACGCUACAAAGUGAUAUUGGGAAUUUCAGUUGGAAUACUGGCAGUUCUGUUUAUUCUGUUCUUAGGAAGCCUGUUACUACUGCGUUAUUUUCGGAGAAAGGCACCUACUCAAAGACGUGAUGACAAAGGAGCAAUUUCAUCCCGCAAGAGCACCAUAGGCUUAACUGCCUACUCAGCCGCAAGAUGUGGAAGUUUAAUGGAUGAAGGAGUAUCAUAUUAUAUAUCACUUGCAGAAUUAGAAGCAGCUACUAGUGGAUUCUCAAAGAAGAUUGGUAAAGGAAGUUUUGGGCCUGUAUACUAUGGAAAAAUGAAAGAUGGGAAGGAGGUGGCAGUGAAAAUGAUGGCUGAUUCAUCUAGCCAUGGAGCCCAGCAAUUUGUUACAGAGGUUGCUCUCUUGUCAAGAAUCCAUCACAGAAAUCUAGUACCCUUAAUAGGAUACUGUGAAGAAGAACAUCAUCGUAUGCUGGUUUAUGAGUACAUGCACAAUGGAACUUUGCGAGAUCACAUACAUGAUAAGGUCAACAAGAAACACUUGGACUGGCGAGCUCGUCUCCGUAUUGCAGAAGAUUCAGCUAAAGGCCUUGAGUAUUUGCACACUGGAUGCAACCCAAGUAUCAUUCACCGGGACAUAAAAACUAGCAAUAUUCUUCUAGACAUUAAUAUGAGGGCAAAAGUAUCAGAUUUUGGACUUUCAAGACAAACUGAAGAAGACUUAACGCACAUAUCAAGUGUAGCACGUGGAACCGUAGGCUACCUUGACCCAGAGUACUAUGCUAACCAACAGUUAACCGAGAAAAGUGAUGUCUAUAGUUUUGGAGUCGUUCUCUUAGAACUUAUCUCAGGAAGAAAGCCUGUAUCUAUAGAAGAUUAUGGAGCUGAAUGGAGCAUUGUUCACUGGGCACGGUCCCUGAUUCGUAAAGGAGAUGUUGUGAGCAUCAUAGAUCCCAUGCUAACACAGGAUGUAAAGAUCGAGUCUAUAUGGAGAAUUGCAGAAGUUGCAAUCCAAUGUGUGGAUCAACACGGAUCUUCCAGGCCAAGGAUGCAAGAAAUCAUAUUAGCCAUACAAGAUGCAAUCAAGGUCGAAAAGGGGAAUGACGGGAAGCUAACCUCAGAAAGUUCAAGAGCACAAUCUUCACGGAAAACUUUAUUGACUACCUUCCUCGACAUUGAAAGCCCAGACCUGUCUAAUGAUUGCCUAGUCCCAUCUGCUAGAUAAUAGAUAAUGUGGUGUAUAUUCAUCUAA